GUACUCCCGCAGGCUGACGGAGAACGAGCUCUGCAAGAUGCUCGAGCCCGAGGGGCCCGCGGCGGCGACCCCGCGGGGCGUCCCCUUCGAGGGCUUCGGGAAGCUGCAGGCGGACAUCGCGAGGGCCGCGCAGGAGGAGAGGGCGUCCCGCGAGUCGGAGCUGGCGCGGAUGCAGGCCGAGGAGCAGCGGGGCCGCGGAGUGGAGGCUUUUUGGAGGGACCAGAGGGCGGUGUUCGACGAGCACGCCGGGUCGGGAGGCGUGCUGGCGCCGGAAGACAUAUUGAGGCUCUCCAGGCGCGUCGCUCGCUACGAGCUGUGCGAGUGGGAAGCGCACGACCUGUUUGAGGAGCUCCGCUGGCGCGGCCAGCCCCCCGGCGUGCGCCUCAACGCGCUGCCGGAGCUGCGGCGGCGGCUGGAGGAGCUGCGAAAGACCGAGGCGAAGAGCAGGCAGCGCGAGACAGACGCGAUGGACGUCGAGCAUGGCGCGGGAAAGAUGCAGGCGGCAGGCGCGCCGCUGCGCGCCAACGGGGCCGUCGCGCCAUCGGCGGGAGCAGGCUGGCGGGCCCAGCUCGACAUCCCCGAGGCGGCGCGCCUGCAGAGGGAAGCGCGCGAGGAGGCGGAGCGCGAGCUGCGCCAGGCGGAGGAGCGGCGCGUGGCGGAGGAGGAGCGGCUCCGCGCGGUGCAGCCGCAGGAGCGCCUCGCGGUCCGCGCGGCGGAGGCGGCGGAGGAGAAGCGCCAGGCCGACGAGGAGAUCCGGCGCGAGGAGCAGCGCGUCCUGGCGCAGGAGGCC